AAUUGGACCAUUUGCCUCGCGUCGAUUUUAUUUUAUUUUAUUCUAUUUCUAUUCGAAGCCUCCCGUUCCUUCCCCAGAUCGCCGUGUGCCGAUCUCGAUCUCGUCGUUUUGGUUUCGCAAUCUCGGCGACAGGGAGGUGAAUCCUCGAUCUGGGGCUUCCAUGGCGCAGGUUUUGUCCCAGAGGUGCUUCCUUUCGCCGUACGGCGGCCGCCGUCCCUUGUCGUGUUCUUCGGCCAGGAGGAAAAGCCCGGGCUUUGUGGCCCUUCGCCGCGUUUCUUCUCUGAAGAUUGAAACCUUGAGGUCGGCUUCACGGAGCGGCGGCUUGCAUCUCCGGAUACUCCAUGUUGGGGCGCUGCGGUGGAAGAACUCACGGGGUUUCUUCUCGGCGAUUCCUGUACAGAUGACUCUUACCAUCGGGAAAUCUCAGAAAUGGUGGGAAAGGGGUCUCCAGUCCAACAUGAAGGAGAUCGAGUCGGCACAGGAUCUCGCUGAAUCCUUAUUGAACGCCGGCGACAAACUUGUCAUCGUAGAUUUCUUCUCCCCUGGAUGUGGAGGCUGCAGGGCCCUUCAUCCAAAGAUCUGCCAGAUUGCAGAGACGAAUCCCGAUGUCCAAUUUCUUCAAAUAAACUACGAGAAGCACAAGCCCAUGUGUUACACCUUGAACGUCCAUGUCCUCCCCUUCUUUAGGUUUUACCGCGGAGCACAUGGUCGACUCUGCAACUUUAGCUGCACCAAUGCAACUAUUAAGAAAUUUAAAGAUGCAUUGGCGAAGCACAACACAGACAGGUGCAGUCUUGGGCCAGCAAAGGGAUUGGAGGAAUCAGAGCUAAUGGCUCUGUCUGCAAACAAAGAUCUCUCCUUUACUUACGCUAAAAAGCCAGUUCCUGUCCCCAAUCCUGAUGAUGUCGCGGGGGGAGAUUCAACAAACCCGACGACUCUUGUGCCCACAAUCAAUGGAACCGGCGAAGACUCGGAAGGGAAGGCCCGGUUUGUCUCGGCAGGGGGAUGAAAAUGGUAGACGAUGGGAUCGCCAUCUCCAUGCUUGUUGUAGCUGUAAAGGGUUUUAUUCAAGUUCAGACACCACUUUCACUUGUUUGUGCGUACCAUUGUUGGUGGGAGAAUGGAGAUGCAAGAGGAGAAAGGAAAAGGCAUAUUAACAGCGUUGUUACAACGUGAAGUAGCUACGGAGUAGCUGUUAUACGAUAUAACAGUUAUAGAGUAGUUCUUACAAUGUUGUAACUUACUUCUAAUAUUAUUACAGCUGUUACAAUGUUGGAAUACAAUAUUAUUGUACAGCUUCUGUUAUACCAGGUACGCACGGGAUGUGCCUUAGAAUAAUUAUUUUAAAGUAUAAUUGUGCAGUAUGUAUGUUAAUUAAUUUAUAAUAAUUUUGAUCAAAUUUAAAUA